AUGGUAAGAGCGAAGGAGACUAUAUAUGCAGAUUUCUUUUGCAUAGAGUUUAUUGCAAGAAGUAAAAAUCAAAGUAAUUUAUUUAAUAUUUGGAGAUCUAUUUAUAAUGAUAAUUUAUUGAACAUUUGGAGAUUUAUUUAUAGUGGCUAUUCAUUAAACAUUUGGAUACUUUUUAUCAUGAUUAUAAUAUCAUUUUGAGUUUUAAAAAAUAAAUUUGCAUUAUUAAAGCUUAAAAAAUUAAGCCAAAAUAGAGAAUACUUGAUUUUUUAA